AUGGCUGAAUCCCACAGAUUGUACGUCAAAGGUAAGCACUUGUCCUACCAAAGAUCUAAGAAGACCAACAACCCUAACGUGUCUUUGGUCAAGAUCGAAGGUGUUGCCACCCCAGAGGACGCUAAGUUCUACUUGGGUAAGCGUGUUGCCUACGUCUACAGAGCCUCCAAGGAAAUCAGAGGUUCCAAGAUCAGAGUCAUCUGGGGUAAGGUCAACAGAACCCACGGUAACUCCGGUGUCGUCAGAGCCACUUUCAAGUCCAACUUGCCAGCCAAGACUUUCGGUGCUUCCGUCAGAAUCUUCUUGUACCCAUCCACUAUCUAA